AGAUUAUCUUUCUUCCCGUUCCUGAAAAUUUUAUGUUUUGGGUAGAAGGUCACCUGUAGUUUAUGUGAUCCCUACACAAAACACAAAUUUGUUACAGGAAAAUAUGUUUCACAAGACUAUUGCGGUUAGGCUAGCUUAUGGCUCAAUGUCGCUGUUCAUAGCGAUUCUACACAAUGUCUUCCUGUUGUAUUACGUGGACAUUUUUGUUUCUGUGUACAAAAUUGAUAGGAAUUCCUUUUGGUUGGGAGAGGUAAGCAGUUUUAUUUUGUUUAGAAUUCCCUCCUUAUUUUGACGUAAACGUGGUGUAUUUUAUUCAUGUUUAUUUGAAAAUAUGGUUUCGUUGUAAGGGAAAUGAUGAAACUCUUGUCUCCAUGGCUUAAACAAACAAUCGCGCGAUAAAUCUCAGAGGCUUGCUAAAUUCAAGUCGAUUUGUCGGCUAAUGAAAAUGAUUUCCGAUUAUUUUGGACUUUCGUGUCAUAGUAGUAAUGUUGCAUACGAAAUAGCUCAUUCUGCUACUGACUUGAACGUGUUAUAAAUUACGUCAUCCGCAAAUGUUCUGCUUGAAGUAGACCGUUUAGCAUUCAUGACCAUUUAAACAAAAAUUAGCAUUUUUUGGGCUAUCCCAUUUAAUGUGAGCUUACACCCCCUCCCCCAACACCGUUGACGAAAUUUUCUUAAGAUGAACUUAAGACACUGGAACUUCUAAAGACUGUAGGACUGAAGAUCAAACUUUCUGAGGACUCAAAAAAAGUAGCAGAAAAUCAAAACAUUCUUAAGUUAUUUAGACACACCAUAAACACAAUUUCUGUGGGUUUACGUACAUGUAUAUUGUUUUAGUGCAUUUUUCUGAGAACUUUGGGGAAAAACAAGCAUUUUUCUGAGUGUUAGGAAAAUUUCAAACAACCUAACCCUUUAGGUCCCAAGAGUGACCAACAUCAAUUUUCUCCUAACAACAUCAGCAGAUAAUCAAGAGUAAAGGUUAUGGGAAUUACUAAAUUGAUUACCAAAGGAAAAACGCUUUGAUCUUAAACCAAAUUCUCUCAACUGUCCUUAAAAGAAAUGUAUGGAGAUCAGUCUGGAGAAUUUGUAUGUGGAUCUUGGGGCUUAAAGGGUUAAAAAUCCAAGUCCAAAGACAAAGAAGCAAAAAUGUCCAGUUUAACUGACUCCUAGGUUGAGUUGUUCAAAGCCUGUUUAGCUCCAGUUACUGUACACCGCAGGGCCUACUAGUUGUAAUCUCAACCCUGGAUAUGCAAUGAUCAUCCUUUGAACAUAACUGGGUAAUGGGUAAAUAUACACUUCCUAUUUUGAAAUGAGGAUUCCGUAGAUAACAAACUUUGUUUCAGUUCUUUGUUCCCAAGCCCAAGUGUAUUUGUAACAUGCUACUGGAGGUACAACUGUAACCUUGCAGUGGACUAGCAUCCUAUUCAAGGAGUAGCAACAAUAUUAUUUCUAGGUGGUUCAUGCUUCUGCGGGCCUGUUUACCAGGAGGUAGGUGAGGUAACCCACCUGUCCAUAUAAUCUCUUAUAUUGUCACCUCGCCCAUCAUGAUGUAAACUUGGUGAAAUGAAAUUAGAGACCAUAUGGACCUGUAGGCAGGUUACCCCACCUACCUGGGGUCCCCCAUUUUCAUGUAAACAGGCCCUAAAAUCUGUAUAAGCCCUUGCUGUGUGAGCCCCAUUGGCUGCUACACGUAGCAUGCCUUUGUGGUGAGGCUGAUUUUUUUAGGUACAUUCAUUGAUUAGGACUAAAAUAAAAUAUAGAAAGAGGAUUUAAAAUUUUUGCCAUUCAUAUUCUUUUAUUAAACCUGUACGUUUCUUCCACACUAGGCAAUUUUUUUGGUAUGGAACUCACUGAAUGAUCCUCUGUUUGGUUGGUUAAGUGACCACAGAGCACUUGGAAAAAACCAGUAAGUUUUUAUUUACCUGACUGACUGUGACACUAAUAACAAGCAAAGCACUCUGGGGAACUAAUGCUGUAAAUGCUGUAAACUACUCAUCACUGUGGUAAGAAACAGUAUAGUAAUGUGAACAUCAAUGCUUUUCAACACUUCCUGUCUAAGAAGGAAACACAGCAAUCUCACUAUGGCAGCGAUGGGAUAAAUUCCCAUAAAACUCAAAAUCUCUUCCUUCUUCACUUGCCACAUCCAAAUUUGUUUACUGAAAGAUGAAACAAGUUACUCAAAGAGUGUUAAGUUGAUGUCACCAAAUGGGACAAAGGUAUUAAGGCAGUGAUUGGCACCUGUGGAAUUCUGACCAAUCAGGAUUUUUUCAUCUCUCUGAUGGACGUCACAAAUGAAAAACACAAAAGAGUCAUUGUAGGCAUUCCCUUACUUCUCCUUUGAGUGCCUCUCCCACUUUUGGUGUGUCAAUAAUUCUCUUCCUUUUCCCUUUACAAUGUCCACCACAGAGGCUUAGAUAAGCUCUGGCCCAAUGAGCCCCUUUGAGACUCGAAAGCAGACUUUACCUUAACCUUAACUCUUUUUUUCAGAUGGUGAUAAUCAUAAUAAUAACAAUAAUAAUUCAUAAUUAUCUUUGUGAUAAACGACGAUUCAAUUUACAGGAUAGGAAAAAACUUUUUACACACAAGCUUUCAAUAUUUUGUCAGGCUUCGACAUUGAACAGAGACGCUUGUUGUGAGCUCCUCUCAAUCUAAAGAGAAUUUUUGUCUCGUGAUUCACAGUACAAAUCAUGUGACAAAAUGCUCAAAUCCAUCACUUGAGUUCCACGAGGAAUCGAAAGCUUGUGACUGUAAAAAGUAUCCUGUAAAUUGAAUCGUUGUGUAUCAUAUCACUAUGACAGGAUUAAGUAACUCUUUUUUUGUUAAUAUUUUUAUUAUUAUUAAAUGGUAUUAUUUUUUUAUUAGAAGUAGUAUUAGUAUUAAAAUCUGUUAUGGUGAUGAUUGUCUUGUGCCAAUUUUAUGAUUGGCUGUUAGUCACGUUAGUACCUGUACCAUAAUUUAGAUACCAGGUGUACUAAAAAAAUCAUUCUGGUUGUCAUUUUUUGAGUUAAUAUAAGUUUUGUUUUGUCCUUUCCUUUUCCCAACAGGUCAAGCCUUACUCAAGCAGAGAUUGUUCAAAAACGUUUCAGGUAUAUUUCACAAAUAAGCAAUUUUACUUGAAGGCACAAUGUGUAUUAAAGCUUUUGUUAGAAAUGGCUCUAAAGUCAAAUAAGUUGUAAUGAUAAGGAAUUCGAAUAAAAUGAAAAUCAAAUGAGGUUUCUGAAAGUAUAAAUUAUCUAUAAACAUAAAUAUAAAUUAAAAUAAAAUACAAAGAUUUGGAGGUAGCACAUCCACAUAAUGGUUCUUCAUCUACCAUUCCUGGCGUCAAAUUGGAAUUUAAAAAUGUUGGUUCUUGAGGAGAGGGGAAAACUGGAGUACCUGGAGGAAAACCUCUCAGAGCAAGAGAGAGAACCAACAACAAACUCAGCCCACAUAAUACAGCUGUUUCAAGAAUGGUUUUUAGAAAAAGUGCAUGCGACAAUCCCAAAAGGUAUUGUGGGUAGUUUUGAGUUCACUGUAUUUCAAAAAAAUUUUAAACAAUGGCACUAGUGGCCAGGGACGUAAUUUGCGAGUGCUAAAGGAAAGUAACAAGAAGUGGAUUUGACAGCUCCAGUCUCAGGAACAGUGUAUUGAUCAUAUUCCAUACUACUUUUUGGGAUUGUCGUGUGCUAAUUUUUUGUGGACAACCUUUCUCGAAAUAGCUGUGUAUGGUAUCAACAUCAAAGUUUGAACCUGAGCCACAUUAGUGGCAGCUAGGCGAGUGCUCUCACCACUGCUCCACUGUUGCUCCCCAAAGAUGGUGCUGACAGUAACCUUAUUGUUUCAAUUGCAGAGCUCUUAUGAAGUAUGGACCACUGUUCACCUUGUCCUUCUUGUGUGUCUGGUUCCGCUGGUGCCACCCAUCCAUCCAAUUUGUCUUAUGUCUCUGUUUAUAUGAUGGAUUUUUAACAAUGAUAGACUUAAACCACCUUGCUCUUCUUGCUGACUUGGCAUUGUCAAGUGAUGAUAGAGCAACUCUCAACUGGUACUGCUCGGUUUUCAGCGGAUGUGGUUCAUUGUCUGUAUUCCUCUCAUACAGAUUUUGGAAUAGAGACAACAUGAACUCAUUUCAUAUAUUCUGCACAAUCCUUGCUGCGUUUUCACUGGUUGGAUUUCUGGUCAGCUCGCUUUUGCUCAAACAACAUAUUGUUACAAAGAAAAUUAAGGUGGAUACUCCUGAUGAAGAAGAAAGGUGAGAAAUUUAAUAAGUUGCCAGGUUGUCAUUAAAUUUUGAUGUAGCCAUAGCAGAUGAAGAAUCACCCUCCAAGGCUGGUUUUCACUGCCGACGGGGUCGAAAUCAUAAGCGGAGUCAUCAGAGCACCUAUGACCUUGUGAAAUUAAAAAGUCAGAGUCAUGAGCAGUCAUAUGCGGAGUCACAGUUGGAAUAAUCAGAAUUUUUCCAUUUUCCUCCAACUCCGCUUAUGACUAGGUCGCAUAUGAUCAAGUGAAAACCAGCUUGUCAGAGUCAGAAGCAGAAGCACAACCAAUCACAAUGCACACUCCCACGCUUUAGUUUUCUUCUUCCGCUUCUGCUUCGAUUGAUUACCCAUAACACCAAGUUAGCUCAAAUGUAACAGGUGUUACAGGUUACAGCCCUUAAUGACAGCUCUGAUUGUGUUGGGGUUGAGUAAAUUUUCGCAUCACUUACUUUUUGGAUAGCCGUAAUAUUGAGUAACCAUCUCACAUGUCUCCUUAAGUGAAAUUUGUCGUUUUGCAAAUCAAGUACUAGAUGAAAUUUCUAUAUAAGUUAAAGUAUAUUGUGCGGAUUUCAAUUUCUCCUCCCUCCCAUGCUGAAUUUUUCUCUCUUUUGUCUUUAUUUUAUUUAAGUUUAUUUAUUAUAUGUCAUGUAAUGGUAAACGUCUGCAGAUUGACCUUUUCAGAGGUACUACAGUACACUACAGUUGUUUGACUGCAUGUUUAAAUCUGACCACUGUUUAGAAUGGUCUCCCAUUACACCACAGUCCUCUUCUCACUUCUCACUGUAAAAAAUGGCCUUUAAGAUUACACUGGCUUAACUGACACACUAGAAAGAGAUUUGUUGAGAGGUUGUUGGGGGAUAGAUGCACAAGGAGGUGAUUUGGCAUUUACCCUAGUGAAUUAUAAAACUGAAGUUUUGAGUGCCAAUUUUCCUUUCCCAACAUCUCAUAGGGUAGAAAUACACUCUACAACUCCAGAAGAUGAUCAAUCCCUUGAGCUGAAGUUAUUUGUCAAGCAACUGGUUACACACUCUAAUUUCUUGUGGUUUGCAGUUAUGAACUUAGUACAAGUAAGUUGACAUUAAUGAGAGCGUUUUUAAGGGACAGUGUCACCAGGAGUAAUCAAUUCAGUGGAACCUCAGUUUAAUAAUGUAGCCCACUCUAACAAAGUCCUUGUUAUAACAAACCGUUAUUUUUGGCUCCAGUUUAAAUGUUUGGAAUAGAACCUCAGUAUGAAGAAACCCGGUUAGAGUGAACAUAUUUUGCCAGUCUGUAUAGGCCUUUUUUUAUGGCCUUUGCUUUAUAAACAUUUCUAUACUACCCUUGGCUCACGCAUGGAUGGGACCCAGAACUGGGAGAAGAGAACUGAGAGAGAACUUGCUUCUUUCUAGCCAAGAAUGGAAAACGUGUGUAAGCUUCACACGAGCUUGUCAAUUUUUAAUUCCACUCUUGUAAGUGUUAAACUCAAAAAAUAGACUAGUUGUGAUAAUGUUCAGAUAAGGUAGAUGAUUACUUGUAUGUGAAGAACGUUCUAGUCAUGCUCGCCGUCUGACACAUCAAAAAGAUAAGGUGUGUUGCUAGCUUCGCGUAUGACUAAAUGAAUCCACUUAUGCAAAUUUUUACCAUUUCUUUGCAGGUGUUUCAUUGCCACUUCAACAGUAAUUUUUUCCCACUUUUUCUGGAUAAGCUCCUUGGAGAUUCCAUUUCACCCGAGACAGGGUCGUUUCUUCUGGGCGUGUCCUUCGUGGCCCCCCACAUAAACAAUCUGUAUUUCUUAAACCUUUGUCGUCGUUUUGGAGUAUACUCUGUAAUUAAGUGGUUGUUUUGUGUAAAGCUCUUGCUUAGUAUCAUUAUGCUGACGUUUGGACCGAACUGGCCCUUGCUGCUGUGUUUUUAUAUAGCCAGGUAUGUUUCAUUAUCAUAGAGUUCUGAAAUUAAUGAGCGUAACACUGUUAUAGCCUUACAAAACUUGGUGAACCGUUUCCAUGGUAGGAUCACCGUCCUAGCCUGCGGAAAUAGCCGUUUCUCUUAGCUCUUCGCCGCUGUGGAGCGAGGAGAAACGGCUGUUUUCGCAGGCUGUCACCGUCCUAGCCGGGUCUACUUGUAAACACUUUUGGCUCGCCCUGCCGGGUGAACUUGGUCAAGGCGAGACAAUCAGAGCAUGCGCGAGUGUAUUACUUGGCUCUGGCAAAGUUUUCUCAUAUAAACGCUCGCUGAAGUUGACGCGGUUGGGAGAUUGAGCCUCCCGAGAAAACUUUUCUCCAUGUGGGGCCUUAGUUCAUAAGAGCCGCUGAGGCGAAUGAUUCAAGUUGAGCUUCGAGUAUUUGACGUCAUUACUAUGAGCUGAAUUGUAUGGAAUGGAAAACUUCAUACUUCAUACUAUACCACGCGAGCUAGGCUUUAAUUUUCGGCUGAAGAGUGGAAACAGAAUGGAAUAAGAGAAAAGAUUUUGCUUUUAUAAAGCAUCUGGAAGGCUGAAGUGUUUGUUACAUUGCUGUUAAAUCUAUCUAUCUAUUUCGGGCGCACCCGCACUGAUUUUAUAAGUCUGUCCCAUUCCUGUCUGUUGGCCAUGACAGGUGCAAGAUCCUGCCUCGAAAGACAAGUGCCACUCUCUAGUUGGUCAAUUAAUGUUGUUGCUGGGCGCCCCCUUGAGCGUCUGCCAUGUUUUGGAUCCCAAAGAAGUAGUUUGGAAACAGUAAGUUUGCAAAGGUCAUUCAAAAAAGGCGAAAGUUCUCUUUGGUUUCCCUUUACGUUUUUUUCCCAAUGCCUAUAAGUUCAAACCUGUUGCUACUCCUUCUGAUCCUUUUCUUUUCUUCUUUUCAACUUGGGUGAUCGCGAACUUACGAUAAAUUCGUUAUUUACUCUGAAAUGACUAAGACUUAAUUGCAAGAUAACCGUUCUUUUUUUCAUUAUCUUUUAGCAACCGUGUCUUCACCGAGGGGACAUGCAAGCUCCUCAAUCUGAUAAUCAGUGAUCUUGUGGACGAAGACUUUGUUCUUCACAAUCGAAAACAAGCGAUCUCAGCGCUAAUAUUUGGAACGUCAGCACUUUUAUCCAAGCCAGGACAAACCCUAGCUCCUCUCAUAGGAACGUGGCUUUUAGCCGAGCAAACCGGCCACUCCCUAUUCUACACGGACGAUUUGUGGGCCUCGUCUUCCAAUACCAGAACUAGUUUUCACGACAGCACUAACAGCGCUUUACGUUGGGGCUGUUUUUAUGUACUUGUGUACGUGCCUAUCGUGUGCGCGUGUAUACAGAUUUGUGUGUGGACGCGAUUCAAGUUACAUGGCAAUAGACUUAAUUGGGUCAAGCGGAUGCGAGAGGGUCGUUGGUUUAUCUCCUCGGAGGUUUAA